ACGGCGCUCUGUGGAAGGAGGGGUAAUGAGCUGAGUUGCAGCCCUGUUCAGCCAUGUUAGUUUUCUCUGCUAUUCACGAACGAUGAGGGAGAGGAGCCAUGGCCUUGUCAUUGAGCGGAGACGAUGAGGAAUAUGAUUCAGAGUCCGAGCAGCAGCGUGCAGCCAACCGGCCGAAGCCCAAGAUGGGGGUGCCAUCAGCUGUCAAGCUGCCGUCCAACCGCAGCUCGUCCGGAGCCAGGCGCAGGCGGACACGCUGCCGAAAGUGUGAGGCCUGCCUCCGGACCGAGUGUGGGGAGUGUCACUUCUGCAAGGACAUGAAGAAGUUUGGGGGACCAGGGCGGAUGAAGCAGUCGUGCAUUAUGAGGCAGUGCAUCGCGCCCGUCCUGCCCCACACAGCAGUGUGUGUGGUGUGUAAAGAAGCAGGGAAGGAGGACUCGCUGGAAGAUGAGGACGACAAGUUCAACUUCAUGCUGAUGGAGUGCUCUAUCUGCAAUGAGAUUGUCCACCCCAACUGCCUCAAGGUAAACGACGCUACAGGAGUGGUGAACGAUGAACUGCCGAACUGUUGGGAAUGUCCUAAAUGCAAUCAUGCCGGGAAAAGUGGAAAAGUAUUGAAGCAAAAACGCGGUCCGGGAUUCAAGUACGCCUCCAACCUCCCCGGCUCUUUGCUGAGGGAACAGAAGCCUAUGAAGGAGGACAAUGAUGCUUCAGCUCUAGCCAAGAGGAAACCUGAGAGAGAGGAGACACCCAGGCACAGGCCCGAAGAAUCUCUCCACCUGCCGCCACCACUGCUCUCCCCCAGCAACCUGCCCCGACCCAGACCCGAGGACAAACUCAGAAAGAAGAGGAAGCUGUUUGACGAUGAAGAGGAUGAAGAUUUCGGGGUGAGGAAGAAGGAAAAGUCAGAUGAUCCAUAUUUUGCUAAACUGCUUCACCACAUCAAAACAGAAGAUAAGGACGACGACGCAUAUGAACAGGAGCUUGAAAAUCGACGAGAGGCUCAUUUUCACACUGCUGUGGAGCGCAGGUGGCACUUUGGUGACACUGAAGAAGAAGUGGAUGAAAAGGAGUUCAAGCAUGAACCUUUGAAUCCCUGCAUUAAAGCGUCUUUGGGAGACAGUGACCAGUCUUACUGCAGCUCUCCACAGGCCGGCCCCAGCAGCGAGGGUGGAAGCGAGACCCAGGAAAAAGGUCCCCAUCCAAAAGCUCGGCGGAAGCGGCGCUUACCUAAUAAAGAACUGACCCGAGAGCUGAGCAAGGCCCUUAACCAGGAAAUCCAGAAGACUGAGGACUGCCUGGCAAACGAGAACUGCCAACCCCUCAAGGUGGAGCCGGAGACGGAAAACACGGAACCCAAGAGAUUGUUCUGCAAUGGCAAUGAACUUGGAGAUCAGCGGGCUCACCUCAAGGCCAAAGAGAUGAACGGGACGCCCUGGGAGCUGCGGCACUUCUACCCGAGUCAGAUCACCCCAUUAGGCUUCAACAGGAGCACUCCUACUAAUCGACCGGUGCCCCCACGCUCCCCACCCAAAUGUGUCCAAAUGGAGCGGCACGUCAUCCGGCCCCCUCCGAUAAGCCCCCCUCCAGACAGACUGCCCCUAAAAGACGGCAAAACACACAUGAUGCAGCGCGAGGUUUGGAUGAAGAUCUUUCGCUACCUCACACACCAGGAGCUGUGUGUGUGCAUGCGAGUGUGCAAGACAUGGAACCGAUGGUGUUGUGAUAAGAGACUUUGGACAGUGAUUGAUCUCAAUCGCUGCACCUCCAUCACUCCACUCAUGCUAAGUGGGAUUAUCCGCCGACAGCCGGUUUCCCUGGACCUCAGCUGGACCAAUAUUUCUAAGAAACAAUUAAGCUGGCUUAUCAACAGAUUGCCAGGUCUGCGGGUUUUAAUGUUAGCAGGCUGCUCUUGGGCCGCUGUUUCUGCUCUCUGCACCACAAGCUGCCCUCUGUUACGCACUCUGGACGUCCAGUGGGUGGAGGGUCUCAAAGACCCACAGAUGAGGGACCUCCUUUCACUGCCCACAGACAACCGACCAGGUCAGCUGGAGAACCGCUGCAAGUUGCGAAAUGUGGAGGACCUACGGCUGGCAGGACUGGACAUCACUGAUGCGUCUUUACGUCUGAUCAGUCGGCAGAUGCCUUUGCUCUCCAGACUUGAUCUGAGCUACUGCAACCACAUCAACGACCAGUCAGUCAACCUGCUGACGGCUGCAGGGACCACGACCAGAGACUCCCUUACAGAAAUCAACCUGUCAGUUUGUAACCGAGUCACAGACCAUUCCUUAAACUUUUUCAAGCGCUGUGGAAGCAUCUGUCAGAUCGACCUCCGUUUCUGCAAACAGGUGACCAAGACAGCAUGUGAAAGGUUCAUCGCAGAGAUGUCUGUGAGCGUACCGUUUAAACUGAACGAGGACAAACUGCUGCAGAAGACGAGCUAGUUCCUAAGACUUAUUCAGAGACAGUCUUUGCACUUACGGAAACCGUUUUCUUCUCUAACUCUGUGUGAUCAAACUGAGGAGACUGAUAUUUGGAUGGACACCUUAAGGGGACUUUAAUUUAAGGAGAUAAACAUUCACUGGACAGAUGAGAGGAAAUGGCUUGCAUGUGUUUGUGUUGAGAUUGUUCUUUUUUUUUUUUUUUUUUUUUUUAACAAAUAGCUUGUAAGUAACUGUUGGGUUAUUUUUAUUCUUUAAAUAUGUGAAAACAGUAUUUUUAUACACGUAUCAUUUCAUGAGUUUACAGUGUCUCAGGAGCUAAAUAUCAGAGACUGAUUACCAGUGUCUCCUAUGUGCCAAAACCUGUAUUUGACUUUAAAACAACUUUAGUAUCAGACAAGAAAAAUCUGUACAAUAAAACAUAUGGCAAAAUUAUAAUGUUCUGAAUAUUUGCAGCAUAUUUGAAAAUAUGGCAUCAAAAUUUUAAUUUUCCUGUUGCUACCUUUUCAGUGAACUGUUCAAUGUUGUGUUUGAUGGCGUUUUCAUCAUUUCAACAUUAAUUUAUUGAUAUUUUUUAUGAUAGUUUGUAUUUAUUCCUUUACUUAGUAACUUGACAGAAGAACUGGGUCAAAUAAUGUUUGCAAAUAAUUUAUCGGGGUGUUUUGAGCCUGUCGCAGCACCCACGUUGUGGGGUUCAAACCCGAAGUCCAGGUUCAGGAAGCUGACUCCUUCCUUCACACUGACUUUCUUUACAGCCGUCAGUCCCACAAAUCUGGUUCACUACACCGGUUUAUAUAAUUAACUAGACCUUUGCAAAUAUCUCCUUUGCAGAAAUGAACUUCACACAGUAGGUGUUGUGUGUAUUUUGGGUGUUGUGCUGUAAUAUGCUAUCACCUCAAGUGAAUGUGACCAUGUUUAUAUUUGUAUAUCUAAAAUCUAAGUGCUAAUAUGCAUUAAAAGAAUUUGUACCAUGA